AUGCUCGAUAAACCAGUGGGGGAUAACUACACUCGCAUGGUCACUGAGGGCAAGAUCCUGGCGGAUCCGCUGACAAGAGGGGUGAGGCCAGCAGGGAAAAGUAUUGCGGUUUUCGAUGAUUCUGUCGAGCGCGACCUGCAGCCGGACAUGUACUUUCCGGCGGCUCCUACUCCUACUGAAGAAAAGAAGUACAGAAGAGACUACGAGCCUGGCAAGAUGAAUGUACAUUGGGGAAUGGUAGACUUGGAACGAGAGACGGACCCCAAGGAUAUCAUUCACGGCAUCAAGUCGCUUACUGGAGAAAACGCUGAGAAGACUAUGAAAGCCCAAGAGAGAGUGGGUGUUGAAGCUUACAUGGAUGAGUGUGCUGAGCAAGUGUAUGCCUCUACCAAGCGGGAGCCUUUGGGGAAGGCCUAUAUACGAGGACACGAGUUGCCAGAAGUCACUAAGGCGACCUCGUUCAAGGGCUUUGGCUUCAAGCCCCCGGAUUCGGAAUUCAAUGCUAAGGAGAGUAUCUUCCCUGUUGAUGUUGCUAGAGAGGAGACGCCUGCUGUACAGGAGAGAUACCGAUUAACUCACAACGACUAUCGGUGUGGGGAGAUGAUCAGUCGUGACUACGAAUGGCCGGAAGAGACGGAGAAUUCCUACUUCCGAUUUGGAAAGACAGAGAAGGCUAAGCUUCCAGCUGGAGAAGGAGCGAAGCAGGCUUUGAUUUGGAACCCCGCGAACGAGAAGACUAGAAUCGUGGGCUUGCGGGCUGAGGCAGCGCGGGAGGUUCUCAAUGAACCUCUUGGUGAGACAAAGAAUCUCAUGCAGGGUCCGCUGCCUGUGCCGGAAGGAUUCGUGUUUGGCGUUAAGUCUGGUACUGUAAAAGCAAGCUCCACUGACAAUAUCACGGCAGCUGACUGCAUACACUAUAACGCUUCAAACGAAAAGGAAAUUCUACCCGAUGCGGACCUUGGAAAAUGUAUGAAGCGUGGCAAGCGAAACGUCACUGAGGAACUCCGUCAUUUCGGUCGCCCUAGCAUCAGGACUGAUAUCCCGAAGCCUAAAGUAAGGAGCGUAGCCGACAUACAGAACUACGGCGAUGAGGUUGGCUGUGACAGCUUACUGCAUCCUCAGAGAUUCGAGUCAAUGGGUGUCACAGAUGAGCAGUUCUUACAGCGCAGAUCCAAGGAGGAAUUGCGUUCGAUCGUGCAGUUGGUAUUGCCGACUAAGUAUGCACCAGAUAAGGAGUCAAAGAACAUCCUGUUCGAGAAGCUUUGGCCUGAGGCCGUUGCCGUGUAUGGGGAUGAGGAGGAACUUGCCUCUCUGGACAGUUUCUUCUACGUCUUCACUCAACUGGUCGUAAAGCCUCGAAUGAAGAAAGAGACGAGUAUGGCCUGA